AUGACGGAAGAGAUUGUCAGAGACUCGGCUACCUCAGAUUCGACAAACAUAAGAUUUAGUGUGCCAACCGAUGGUGUGCGCGACUCUAUAGCCACUUCGGGAAUACGCGAUUCAUAUCUUAGUUACUCAACUGGUGUACCAGAAAGCGUCUUAUCAGAGGAUGACCACACCAAGCCUUUGGAGCCAAACGAAAAGCAUGCCAAACAAAAAAACGCCAAAUGGUAUAAACGAAAGACGUUCUGGACAUUCUGCGGAGUCAGCACCAUCAUUCUCACAAUCAUUUUAGUCCCGGUUAUUAUAUUUGGCAUCUUCCCUAAAAUAGCACAAAGCUCAAUUAACAAAUCCCAGAUCACCUACGACCAAAUAAUAAUUGGCGACCCAAUCACUGACACUGAUUUCAAAAUAAGUAUCUCAGGUUCAUUAAGCGGUGGUGGCAAUUUCGAUGCCGACGCUAGUUUUCCUGAUCCAAUACAGGUUUAUUGGGAAGGUGCAUUGUUGGGCGAAGUUCCAAUGUCAUCGGUUAAACUCAGAGGCGGACAAGCUGAUUUCACUAUAGAUGAUACAUUCACGAUCAAAGACGCAGCAAAAUUCUCAGAAUUUACAAUAUAUACAUUGACCGCUGAGACGUUUACUUGGAAUGUACAAGGAAAAGUUAAAAUCAAGGCAUUGGGUAUUACAAAAAGUGGGCUGACUUUGAACAAAGAUAUCGUUCUUCCAGGCGGUGAUGGCUUUUCGCAUACGAAAAUUACAAAUAUAACCUUACCGGAUCAUUUUGACCCCUCCAACUUCUCAUUGACAUAUUACGGAUAUUUAUACAAUCCGUCGCCCAUUGGCAUCCACAUAGGACACACAGUCUUUAAUGUUUUCUUUGGAGAUUCUUUUAUAGGUCCUGGUGAAAUUGAUGAUUUGGUUCUAGUGCCAGGUAACAACACGCUCGUAAUGACAGGCUAUAUAAGCCCAAGCGGGUCACCGACCAGUAUUGCCGGAUUGCUAUUGUUCGUUGCCAAAGUCGCCCAAGGCCAGCGAUUAACCGUCUUGGCCCAAGGUGUCUCUGCAGAAACGGCGGGAAAAAACAUUACGUGGAUAGACACUGCAGUCCGCUCAAUGUCACUGACUCCAAUUGUCAGCACGGCUCCAUUCACACUGCCUCCAUAUUUUCCAAGUAAUAUGAAUCCUCUUCUUUCUGAAUCGACCGCACCACUCCGCACUGAUGACUCAGUUUCUGACUAUCAACUCCCUUUUACAGCGAAAAAACGCUCCCUGGCUCAGCGUGAUCUAUCAUAUACCGAUGUUCUUUCAUUAAUAGAGAAAAAUCUUCCUGCCAUAAACGCUACCGUUGCGGACGUUGUCGAUGCCCUGCAAAAAGCCGAUAUUUUCAAGAGUGGCGGAUCAUUUCUAGAUAUUCUUCUUGCUCUGGUAAAACCUUUCGUGCAAGAUAUUAUCGAUGGCAGUACAAUCGAUGUAAAGUCCUCGAGUAUCUCAGACAUUAAAGCAGAUUCGUUCACGGCUCAUCUUGUUGGCUCACUUUCCAAUACUGGACCACUUCCUGCGACAAUCUCAUUUCCAUCCGGAGUCACGGUAAAAUUCCAAAACACAACACUCGGUAAAUUACUCCUUCCACCGAUUGACGUUCAACCUGGUGCAGGUGCCACGAUUGAGCAAGACGCAAAGUUCACUAUCACUGAUGUCGAUGCAUUCACACAAUUUGCUGGAUUCAUGUUAAAAAGCAAGGAAUUCACUUGGGAUUUGUCUGCUGAUGACCUUAACGUUCAGUCUUUCAUAUUCUCCUUCCCCGGUCUUCAAAUAAAUAAGAGCAUUACGCUCAAAGGUUUCGACGGUCUCAAAAAUGUCAAGAUCAAGAAAUUCUCCGUGCUGGGUCCAGCGAAGAGUGGUAAACCAGGAGUAGAAGUUGGACUUGUGAAUACAAUCCCAAACGUUGCCGAUAUCGGUAUCGACAUGGGCGCUGCUACUUUCGUCAUAUUAUCUUCAAAAAUACCCAUUGGAACGGCGUCUGCAGCACAUCUCUCACUUACGCCACAAAAGGUAGCCACCGUGCCAAUGUCUGGUGAACUUGUGGGAACGGACCAGGACAAAGCAUUGAUCGGACCAAUGUUCAGUCUUUUCCUCGCAGGAAAACCUAUUCCGAUGGUUGUCAAAGGAGACACAGUUCGCCCAUCUGGUGUUGAUGGACCUGUGCCGUGGUUGGAAAAUCCCUUCAAGCAACUUGCGCUGGAUCUAACAUUACAAGUCCCCCCGUCCAAAUUAAUCGACCAAAUGGAAGUAGUGUUUUCGCCUAGUACCGUGAUUAGUGGAAAGGCAGUAGCGAAAAUUACCAUGACUAAUCCUGUCGGUGCCGACUUUACCAUUCAAGCUAUUGAUUCGGAAGCCUUUUUCCUUGGCGAAAAAAUCGGAGAAGUACACAAGGAUUUCGGUAAAAAUCCUAUCGUUGUUCCUGGUGGCGCUACCGCUACAACUCCGGACAUCGAAAUCACCAUUGUUAUUCCUUCUGAUAUAAAGGUAUUAAUUGGACUCGCCCAGUCUGGCGGAAACAUAGAAACGGAUGUGAAACUCCAAACCAACGCGCUUGUUGCCACACUCCCAGCCACCAUCACUUACCAACAGGAAAAAGUUCCCACCAAAAUGUCGUUUGACCUAAGCUUUUUGAAUUUCAUAAAACUCAAGGCAAUCACGCCCGAGGACAUCAACACUAUUGACAAGAUAAUCUCUGAAUUUGUUCCCAAAAAACGCGAUUUAGUUAAGCGUGAUCUGACGUUAGAGGACAUUGUUUCGCAAUUACAAAAGCUAGAUAUUGUCAAAGAUCCUGCCGCCAUCAUCAAUAACGUCACAUCAUCACUGCAAGGUCUUAAUCUACCAAAGUCUCAGCUUGACACUUUCGCCGUUGGUGACGUACUAAAGCCGAUUAUUCAGCCAAUUAUUGACGGAAGUAAACUUAGUGUGUCUAGCUCACAAAUCUCUCACAUUAAAACAAAGUCGUUCGUCACGCAUCUUGUAGGUGAAAUUAGCAAUGCCGGAUCAGUUCCUGCUACUAUAAGUUUCCCAACCGGAGUUACGGUAUCGUUUGAAAAGAAAAAGCUUGGUAAACUGCUUCUUCCAGCAGUUAAUGUUUCUGAUGGUGUGGCCAAAUUUGAUAAUGACGUAGACUUCAAGAUUGCCGAUGUCGAGGAAUUUACGAAAUUUUCUGGAGCCAUGUUGGCAAAUAAGGACUUCACGUGGAAGCUAUUUGCCAAGGAUGUUGUCGUCAAUAUCCCGUUAAUUGAGAUCAAGGGACUUACGCUGGACAAGGAAAUCACCGUUAAAGGUUUCGAUGGUCUUAAAGACUCCAAGGUCAAGGACCUUAAGGUGACGGGUCCAUCUAAGCAAGGUGCUGGAGUCGCAUUAACUAUUGUAGACACAUUCAAAAAUCAUGCCGAGGUCGGUAUCGAACUUGGUGAUGUUACUUUCGACUUGGUAUCCAACAAGCUUGUUUUUGGAGAUGCAAGUGCAUCGGAUGUCAAGUUUAAGCCAAAAAAGCCUUCCGACAUAUCAGUCGCCGCCGAAAUUCUACAAACUGCAGAAAACGAGAAAUUUAUCGGGCCACUAAUCUCAGCUUUUCUUGCCGGACAGCCGAUUGCAAUGACUGCUAAAGGAAAGUCAGCCAGCCCACCUGGCACUGAUCAACCCGUGCCGUGGUUGGAAGAACCGUUCAAAAAUCUUGCAUUGGACGUAAAAUUAAAUGCUCCACCCGCCAAACUGGUUCAACAUGUUGAUAUAACGUUAACUAGUCAGACAACUGCGGAUGUGACGUUUACUGUGUUUAAUAAUGUUGAUACGGAUGUUGCUAUAGCUGCUAUCAACUCCACAUCGUCAUUCCAGGGGAAACCGUUGACAACCCUGAUCCAUGAAUUUGACCCACCUGUUGUUCUAGCCGCUCAAAAGAAUACUACAUUCCCACCAGUUUCCUUUACGCUUCCUACCGAAGGACCGAAAUUACCUAUAGGCCAAGAAUUCCUAACAGAUGUUCAAAGUCUAAACCAGAUAGUUAUUGUGAUUGCAGGAAAUAACCACAAUGCAACGGAAUUUCGAGCACAUUCGUGUAUACUGUGGGCGAGAUCUGAAUACUUCCGGAAACAACUAACUGAAAUGAGACGUACCUUUCAGAUAGAAUCAGUAAAGAUCAGAGUCGAGUCUAUCGAAUCUCAGGUGUUUGCAAUUAUACUUAGGUGA